GUUGGAGGAACACAGCAGGUGUGAAAGAGGGUCCUGACGCAAAAUGUCAACUCUCCUGCUCCUCUGAUGCUGCCUGGCCUUCUGUGUUCCUCCCGCUCCAUACUGUAUGGACUGUGCUCCUUCCCAGGACACACAAUGCUGCAGGGUCUGUGACAUUCUGGAAUCGACUCUGCUCCAGAAUUGAUUCGGCGAUCCAUUCCAUUCAAUAAUCCACUCUGCUCCAUGACUGACUCGGCUCCAGGAUUCACUAGGUGCCAGGAUCUGCUCCAUUCUGGGAUCCACUCUGGAAUGACUCGAUUUCAUGAUCUACUCAAGUCUGGAAACCACUGCUCCAGGAUCCACUCUAUUCUGCAAUUCACACUUCUCCAGGAUUAACUCUGCCCAGCAUUCAUCACAUGCUGGAGUCCAUUUCAUGGUUGGAUCCACUCAGCUCUGAGAUCCACAGAAUGUCUGAUACACUUUUGUAUUUGGAUUAGCUCAGCUCUGAAAUCCUGCGCAUUGUGUGAUCCUUACUGCUCCAGGAUCAACUCAGCUCCAGAAUUCACUACAAUUUAGGAUCGACUGUGCUCCUGAAUCCACACUGCUUCAUUAUCCGUUCCCCUCUGGGAUCCACCCAGAUCCGGGAUCCACCGACUCCGCUCCGGGAUCCGCCGACUCCGUUCGGGGAUCCACCCACUCGGCUCCGGGACUGUACGGAAGGAUGGGGCCGGUGCGGCUGUUGCUCCUUUUGCUGUGGAUCAUUGAGAUCCAGGAUUGCGCUUCGAACACCAUUGGAGACCAGCGUGACCCGCAACAAACCCCCUUACCUGGGCUAAAAAGUGAUAGUAACACGGGGACAGGCGGUAACACGGGGACAGGCGGUAACACCGGGACAGGCGGUAACACCGGGACAGGCGGUAACACCGGGACUGGCGGUAACACGGGGACAGGCGGUAACACCGGGACAGGCGGUAACACCGGGACUGGCGGUAACACCGGGACUGGCGGUAACACGGGGACUGGCGGUAACAAGGGGACAGGCGGUAACACCGGGACUGGCGCUAACACGGGGACUGGCGGUAACACGGGGACAGGCGGUAACACGGGGACUGGCGGUAACACCGGGACUGGCGGUAACACGGGGACAGGCGGUAACACGGGGACUGGCGGUAACACGGGGACUGGCGGUAACACCGGGACUGGCGGUAACACGGGGACUGGCGGUAACACCGGGACUGACGGUAACACCGGGACUGGCGGUAACACGGGGACUGGCGGUAACACGGGGACUGGCGGUAACACCGGGACUGGCGGUAACACGGGGACAGGCGGUAACACCGGGACAGGCGGUAACACGGGGACUGGCGGUAACACCGGGACAGGCGGUAACACGGGGACUGGCGGUAACACGGGGACUGGCGGUAACACCGGGACUGACGGUAACACGGGGACUGGCGGUAACACCGGGACAGGCAACACCGCAACUGGCAACACCACAACAGGCAACACCGAGACUGGCAGCACCGGAACUGGCAACGCCGGGACAGGCAGCACUGGGACUGGCAAUACCACAGCAAGCAACACUGGGAGUGGCAACAGUGGAACAGGCAACACAGGGACCGGAAACACCGGGGCUGGGAGUGACAACACCAGGAAUGGCAACACUGCAACUAGCAACUCUGAUAAAACUGGAAUGGGCAAUGCCAGGACUGUCAACACUGGGAAUAGCAAACCUGAUACUGACAGCACGGACAGGUCAGGGGCUGCUGGCACUGGAAUCCACAAAACUGAUCAAAGUUCAAAAGAUGCUGGAAAGCAAGGUACUGGAUUGGAGAAUGGGAACGCUGAGGGGAGGACCGAUGAGAACCCAGCGGAGACCCAGAGCAAUAAGGCCAGGGAACGUGAAGGGGUUGAUGAGGAUGAUGAUGCUGAGCCAACUGAAGAGGAUGAGGAGACACUGGAAACAGACGGGCACACAAAACCCAAGGAGGCUGGGGGCAGCGUGACAGUUGCUGAAGGAUCGGUGAAAGGUGGAGUGAGGACAAAAAUUGAUACGGAGUUGGUACUGAGAGAUGAACCAGAGAGCAGCCACUUCUUUGCCUACUUGGUGACCACAGCAGUUAUUGUCGCUGUACUUUACAUCGCUUAUCACAACAAGCGCAAGAUUAUUGCUGUUGUCAUUGAAGGUCGAAGGUCAAAGACCAACCCCCGACGCCCAAAAUCAACAGAUUACCAGCGACUGGAACAGAAGCUGUGAAGACACUUUGGCCACUGCUGGACCCUCUGCAGAGGAGCUUUCUUCCUCCCUCCACCCCACCAUUGACCCGGCUUCCCCUCUAAACUACAAGGACUGUCUGUUUUAACCGAACAUCUGAUCAAAAGAGUGUUUGAUCCAGAACCAUAGUCUCACGACUUCAGAUCACAGCGAGCUGACUGGGAAUAAUGGAAUUUCUCUGGUUGUAAUGUGUUUCUGUGGGAGAAGGGGAUAUAAAGGGGGCAAUACUGAUUUAAUUGAAUACUGUCUGAUUAUUUCAACUGGAGGGGUGGUUGGGUGAGUCAUAGGUCAGAUGCUGGGGGUGUGUCGUGGGGGAGUGUUGGGCUGGUUAUUGUGUGGGCUGGGGAUAGGUUUUGGCAUAUUUGAAGGGU